AUGGAAGUUUUACAGGGUGCUGUGUCUGCAAUUAUUUUUCUGGUGUUCUUCCUCUUCUACAAAGAUGAUCCACGAGAGCACAGAAAUGUGAGCUCGACCGAACUUGCAAAAAUCACAAAAGGAAAACAGGGUCAAGAGAAGCAAGCAGCUCCGUACAGGCCAAUUGCAACUGAUGCCGUGCAUUAUCGUAUCUGGUUGUCGAAACUAGUCGGUGUAUCUCCGGCUUCCAAAUUAUUGCUUACUCUAUGGGCCAACGUGCUUCAUUACGAUGUGACAAGGACAGGUCUCACCACUGCACUACCAUAUAUUCUUUCGGCGACGCUUAAGUUUUUAGUGGGGCCAAUAUCUGAUCGAGCAAGCUGUAUUUCGGACAGAUGGCGUCUUGUAUUCUUCGCCGCUUUCUCACAAGGACUGAUGGCUUUGUCUUUUCUUGCUCUCGUAUUUAUAACGUCUCCCAGUCUGGCUCAAACUGCCUAUACUGUUGCCAUAGUGUCUAGCGGUAUUAAUGCAGUUGGCACUAUAAAAUGCGCUCAGAUGGUAGCACGACAACACGUCCACGUUGUGAUGGCGGUGACCUCGUUUUUACUGUGCGUCAUAGUUCUAGUGAUCCCGCUUGCCGUCAACAUAGUUUGUCCGGACAACACUCCGGAGCAGGUACCCGUCUUCACCAUUAGUACUGGUGACUUCAUC